UUCUUGCCUGAGCAUCUUUCUUGUGUUGUUUUUGCAAUUCUUUUGGUAUACUGGUAGAGUUUGUUCUGGGUAUUGGGUAGUUACAAGUUUUCUUCUGCCACGCUUCUUCAUCUUCUUCAUCAUCAUGAUCAUGGCUCACAACGUUUCUGCAUCAGCUUCAAUGAUGAUGGAGGAGGAAGCAAGCUUUGAAGCAGAAGUAGCAGAAAUGCAAGCAUGGUGGGCAUCUGAUCGAUUCCGCCUAACAAGCAGACCCUACACUGCAAGGGACGUUGUUCGUUUGAGGGGCACCAUGCGCCAAAGCUAUGCCUCAAACUCCAUGGCCAAGAAACUAUGGAGUACUUUGAAAAGCCACCAAGCCAACAAAACGGCCUCUCGAACAUUUGGGUGCCUGGACCCGGUCCAGGUGGCCAUGAUGGCCAAAUACUUGGACUCUAUCUAUGUCUCUGGCUGGCAAUGUUCUUCCACACAUACUUCCACUAAUGAGCCAGGCCCUGAUCUGGCAGACUAUCCCUAUGACACAGUCCCUAACAAAGUAGAACACCUCUUCUUUGCUCAGCAGUUCCAUGACAGAAAGCAGAAGGAAGCCAGAAUGAAUAUGAGCAGAGAAGAAAGAGCCAAGACUCCUUAUGUUGAUUACCUUAAGCCCAUAAUUGCAGAUGGGGACACUGGUUUUGGAGGUGCAACUGCAACAAUCAAGCUUUGUAAGCUGUUUGUGGAAAGAGGUGCAGCAGGAGUGCACAUUGAAGAUCAAUCAUCUGUGACAAAAAAGUGUGGUCAUAUGGCAGGGAAGGUAUUGGUUGCCACUUCAGAGCACAUCAAUAGACUGGUGGCUGCUAGGUUGCAGUUUGAUAUAAUGGGUGUGGAGAUUGUUCUGGUGGCUAGAACUGAUGCUGUGGCUGCUAACUUGAUUCAGACUAACGUUGAUGGGAGGGACCAUCCUUUUAUAUUGGGGGUCACCAACCCUAGUCUUAAGGGUAAGCCUCUAGCUACAGUGUUGGCAGAGGCCAUGGCAAAUGGCAAGACUGGUAAUGACUUGCAGGCUGUGGAAGAUAGAUGGACGGGCAUGGCAAAUCUGAGAACUUUCUCAGAGGUUGUAGGGGAUGCCCUUAGGAACAUGAACAUUCAGGAGAAGGAGAAGACUAACAGGAUUAAUCUGUGGUUUGAUAAGGUUGAUGGACUGUCCCAUUUUGAGGCCAGAGAGCUGGCUGAUAAACUGGGUGUGUCUAAUGUCUUUUGGGAUUGGGAUCUUCCAAGAACUAGAGAAGGAUUUUAUAGGUUCCAAGGCUCUGUGAAGGCUUCUGUUAUGAGGGGUUGGGCCUUUGCUCCCCAUGCAGAUCUCAUUUGGAUGGAGACCUCAAGCCCUGAUUUGGUGGAAUGCAAGGAGUUUGCACAAGGUGUGAAAUCUAAGCACCCUGAGAUCAUGUUGGCCUACAAUCUCUCACCUUCCUUCAAUUGGGAUGCUGCUCGCAUGAGUGAUGAGCAGAUGCAAAACUUCAUUCCACAGAUAGCCCAGUUGGGAUUUUGUUGGCAGUUCAUCACUCUGGCUGGAUUCCAUGCCGAUGCACUGGUUAUUGAUACUUUUGCUAGAGAUUAUGCUAAGAGAGGUAUGUUGGCUUAUGUGCAGCAGAUUCAGAGGCAGGAAAGGCUUAAUGGAGUUGAUACACUUGCCCAUCAGAAGUGGUCUGGUGCUAAUUAUUAUGAUUCUCUUCUCAAGACUGUGCAAGGUGGUAUUUCUGCAACUGCUUCCAUGGGUAAAGGAGUGACUGAAGAUCAGUUCAAAGGGGAUACAUGGAAUGGAAAUUUGGGCUCAUUAGAUCUCAAUGGCAGAGAUCAUACUGUUAUUGCCAAAGCAAGGAUGUAAGAUUUGGGUGGCAGCUUGAAUGAUUAGGUUAUGUUUACAUAUUCAGAUGUUUUUCUCUCCGUCUCUAUCUAGUAUAAUGUAAAAGGCAGGCUGGAUUGAAGUCUGCUGAGUAGUUCCAUUCCUCUACGAUUAUCAAAGUUGGUCUGGUAUGCCCAGUGGCAAAUUCUACCGUUGCCACCAACAAAAGAAAUAGCCACUUGGUGAAUUGUUAUGCCAUAUCUGUUGAUAAGGACUACUUUUAAUUGAUAAUAAAUUUAUAAUUCCAUUCUCUUUUUAUUA